AUGUUUCGUAGGAUAGGGGAUGAUCCAACUGACGAUAGACUGAUCUCGUUUCGCAAUGCUUUUUAUCACUAUCAGUUUGCAUGCAUCAUGGCAACCAGGUAUCAGAGAAAUGAUAAGGGCACUUGCCGGGACACCAGCCUCACCGAAGAGGACAGAGAAAAAAAGAUGCUUCAUAAAAUCUCUGGCUUGUGUUUGGAUGGAGAGGAGCGGUUAUGUCUGGCGGAAAUCCUCGACUGGGUGGAGGGUCGUUACGGGAGACUCAUAGACAAGGCACUGGAGGGUCGCCCCCGGAACGAUGAUAAAGGGCUAUCGAGUAAGUUCAAAGUCCCAUCUCCCUACUUUAUAACCGAUUCAUUCUUACAGGCAGAUGUUGUAAAUUACUUCGCCAAGCGUGGUCUCAGAUAUCUUCAGAGCUGCUUACGAGAUGAGCUUGACCUGAAGAAGCUGAGAGAAGCUGAAAAGCACUGUAACUUACCAUUCGCAAGCGCAGAGAUAUCCUUCAUAAUUGGGCUAAAAGAGGGCACCAAGUCUAGAGCUUGA